AUGUGCAUCGACUACCGGAAGCUCAAUGAGGCGAUAAGGAAAGACCAUUUUCCUUUGCAUUUCAUGGAUCAGAUGUUGGAGCAGCUAGUAGGACAAUCCUUAUACUAUUUCUUGGACGAGUGCUCAAGAUAUAAUCAGAUUUCAGUGGAUCCCAAGGACCAAGAGAAGAUGACUUUUAAUGCUCUUUUGGUGUCUUUGCCUACAAAAGGAUGUCAUUUGGGUUAUGUAAUGCACCAGCCACUUUCCAGAGAGCUAGUGCAGCGAAGAUGUGUUGAGACCAAUCUGGUGCUAAAUUGGGAGAAGUGUCACUUCAUGGUUCAAGAAGAGAUAGUGUUGGGCCACAAAAUUUUAGCCCGAGGCAUUGAGGUGGAUAAAGCAAAAAUUGAUGUCAUCGAGAAGUUACCACCACCAGUAAAUGCCAAGGGUAUCAGAAGUUUUCUUGGACAUGUAGGUUUCUAUCGAAGGUUCAUCAAGGACUUCUCGAAGAUAGCUAGACCAUUGAGCAACUUUCUAAACAAGGAUGCAGUCUUCAAGCUUGAUGAGGAAUGCCUAGAAGCCUUUCAAACUUUGAAGGAGAAGCUUGUAUCUACCCCAAUAAUGGUUGCACCUGACUGA